CAGAAAGUCGCGUCAGCUUUUCCGCCCAGUGGGUGUAUCUUUUGUGAUGUUAUUACUUUCGUUAAGACGCUUGGUGAGCCCCGGAAACAGAUUAAUUGUAUGAAACUGCUGGCCCAAUGGAAAAUUCUAUAAAUAAUGAGGAUACACCUAUGAAUAACUCUGGAUUCCAGAAUAAUAUGGACAAUUUUAAGAGUACUCCUGGCAAGGCAACUGAAAAUGGAACUACCACAACCAAAAGUACCAUGAAAGGAAUUAGAAAAGUUUUGUCAUUUGGAGGUUGGGACAAUAAAAAACCCUCAUCUGAAGCUGCUAAUGGGUCAAGAAGUCCAGAAGAACAUGUUCCCUUGACUAGAGUUAGCAUGGGCAGGUCAAGUAUGAAUUCUAUCCGUUCUUUUGUGAAGAAAUCAAAAGAAGAAAAAGACAAACAGGAAACCUUUACCGCAGAAAAACAAGUACGUGAAGAGAAAGAUGCAGACACAGUAUCUGCCAAGAGCCCCAAGGCAGAAACAGAAGAGGAGUCAUCCUUGACAAAGAAGGGAUUUAAAGAGAGAUUAAGCUUCAGAAGUAAAAAGACCCCUGCUAGGAAAGAGAUGUUUAAGGAACCAUUAGAGGAAAGUCCUACAGAAGACUGGACAAUUGUGAGUCCUACUACUCCACUCUCUGUUAUGCAGAUCAACACAUUAAUCAACGAAGAGAUUUUAGAAGAUGCCUACAGCAAUCUUUGUUUGUUAAGAAAUGAACUUAAAUCUGAAGGUACCGGGGCUGGCUCAGAGGGCUGCCAGAUAGAGCUGGAGAAAAAGAGAAAAGAUGUGCAGCUCCUUUAUGCUUCUCUUCAGGAUAAAAUUAAAAAAAUAAUCAUGCAGUCCAUCCAUUGUGCUCAUGAGCAUUUAAGUAUUGCUGCUAAAAUUAUUGACAAAGAGGCUGAGGCUGAACAAGAGAACAAUGUUUGUCUAGCUGGUCUUCAGAAAUGGACUGAUCUUUGGAAGGAAGCUAUUCUUGAAAGUGCAAAAAAGAAUAUUGAAGAACUCUAUAGCACAACAAAGAGGAAUCAGACAUGUUUAGCUGUGCAUUUGGCAAACUUAGGAAAGAUGAUUGUGUCUGAUCUGAAACAUGUGAAAAAUGAUCUGAGACAGAAAUAUCCAGAAUCACUGAGUGUAUGUGAGGCAUAUGCUGAUGGAUAUCACCAAGCUACAUCCUUACACUUGGAAGACAUUAUCCAGCCAGUCAUCAAUCCAUUGUCUGAACUUGCUUUAACCAGUGUAAAGUCUGGUGGAGCUGGAGCCAGUCCUGACAGCAGUGUACUCAAUGCAGAAACCAAUCAGUAUACUUUUGAAUAUAAUGAACUAUAUGCAGUCUUAAAAUGGGUUACCAAGGACUAUGUUGGUGAAGCAGUACUGGGUGAUCCUGAUCUAAAGCCAGAAGUAAAUCCAGAAAAUAUGUCUUCUCCUUUGCUAGAUGAUGACAAUUUGUCAAAACUCAAAAGAGAAUACUGUGACAAAUUUCAGGUGAUGAUAGAAAGAAACUUGGAAAACAUCCUAAAAGUAGAACUGACAGACCUGGAAAAAAAAAAAAAACCAGAGGUUUUAAAUAACUGUUAUCAUUCAGAGUUGAAAAUCGACAUUAUCAAGAUGGUUGAUGCAUACCUUGCAGCAUCUAAAAACAUUUCAGAAGAUAUGGAAGCAUCAGUACUUGGCAUCUACUGUAAAGAAAUGAAGCAUUUUUUGAAAAGUUUUCAAAACGAAUUUAGAAAUAGCAGAAAUGCCUUCAAGGAGGAUUAUUCAACUUUGAGCAUGCAUGUGAUUGCCUACAUUAACAGCUUUAACGACAUAAAGCAAACCACUGAACACUACAAGGAACAAUCCCUAGAAACAAUUGAACAACUCAAUAAUGAGCUGGAGGACAUGAUCACAAACUUAAAAAAUAUACUUCUGGAUUGCUUUAAAACAGAAACCAAGCCAUACUUUGAUAGACUCAUGACAGAAAGUUGGCUAACAAAUAAUGAUUUUGAGAUGAUAACUACCAUUUCCAAGAAUUACUCAGAUCAUUUCAGGAAUGUUAUGCCUUCUUAUACAGAGGUGAUUGUGAAUGAUAUCCACCUUUAUGCAGUGAAACAAUAUGUUGCACAGAUAAUGAUCCAAAGAACAAGUUACAAAGGUGCAAAUCGUCGACAAGCUGCAACAAAGAUACGUUUGGAAUCAAAAGAACUCAACAGAGUGUUUGAAGAAAUGGGCACAACUGCCACUUGGCUUAACUCAGCUGUAACAGAUAUUGGAGAAAUUAUUGAGGCUAAAGGCAGAGAAGAGAUAAAUAAGAAGAUAAAGCAACUCUAUGAUGAUUACCCAGAUGUCAGUCAGAACCACAUUUCUGCCAUUCUUUAUUUCCGAGGUCUUCGAUGUAAGAAACGUCAAUCAGCAAUUCAGUACUUUCAAGAACUAAAAAGACAACAACAAGGAAAACAUCUAACCAGAGACCAUCAACUUUUCCAUGGCAUUACAACUUCAAACAAUGCUCAGUGCUUUUUUGUGAGGUACAUUUGCAAGUGAGUUUAAAAAUGUUUGGUUUUGUUUUAUGAAUGAGAAGGAUGGACACAUGGAACAGAAACAAAAGAACAAUACCUAGUGAGGUUUCCUCUGGACUUAAUAAAAUCAGAUGUGUCAGACGUGAAGCAACUAGAAUGAUAACAUAAUAAUCAUUGAGGACUAUUGAUGCAAAAAUUAAAUUGCAUUAGGGCCUCCUCUCAUGCUGUGACAGACGUUUCUGUCAAGUGUGCAGUGCUUGGAACACUAAUGGGAUUAGAAACUGUUAAGGUGGUACUCCUGUAGGCACUAGAGAGAAACAUAAGAUGAAAUAAUCUUCUGCAAGGAUGUGGACACCCAGCAUAAGAAAUAUGAAGCAAGGCAGAUAACCAGAAGCUGAGACUGGCCAGCCAGAAUAGGCAUAUCUGACACAUUUGUUAUUUGUAAAUUAUAUGGAUUCAAUAUAAUUGUUGAACAGCUAGAGUCAUUGCUUUAUGAUUUAAAUGAUUUUGCUACAGCUGAGAUUUUUAUUUUAAUAGUUUGGGAAGCCCCCAUAGCAUGCAAAUCCUAAACUGGCCUUAUCUGAUGCUGCUUAUUUAGAUGUUUUACCUUCAAUAGUGCCAUUGAUCACUGCUUUUCAGAAUGUAUUUAUUUACAUGGAAGUAAAACAUUUUCUGUGCAAAUGCAGUUUUAUAUUAAAACUAAAGUAUGGAUA